CUGGGUCUCUCAGCAACUGUGAAGACCCUGCACAAGAAUGUCAGCUCAUUACCUGCUGGUGUUUGCCUGUCUCUGGGGCUUUGCUAAUGCCCAUCCCUCUAAAGGAAAUCUGGCUGCCACCAUUCGAGCUACCCAGUCCAGCGUUCAACAUUUUCUCGGAGUCGCUCCACAUGCCAUCGAUGGAAACGAGAACACUGAUUUCAAUGUGGGAUCGUGCAGUCGCACGAGAGUGCAACGGUCCCCUUGGUGGAGGGUUGAUUUUUUCUACCAUUACCAUGUCUACGUUGUAGAAAUCACCACCAGCAACGAUGGAGGGGACUUGAGCGGAGCGGAAAUUCGCAUCGGAGACUCAUUAAAAGAAAAUGGCAAUGCUAACGAAAUCUGCGCCAAAAUCGAGAGAAUUCCAGCAGGAGGGACACAAAGAUUUAACUGUGCAGGUCUCGGAGUGCACGGUCGCUAUUUGACCAUCCGUGUUCCAAACAAGGAGGUGGCCCUGUCGCUGUGUGAGGUGAAAGCGUUUGGAGCACAUGAACCUCACGAUGAACAUGAACAUUGAAUAAUCCAAACUGAAAUCGCCGCUCGUUUGGAACGAUCCAUUUUAUGCUUCGAGCUUAUGCAACCAAUCAGGAUCCUUCUCAGCUUCUUCUCUGGGGCCACACUCUCUGCAAUGCAGCUUUAAGCAAUGAGUUCACACAACCAGUCUGUCUUAAGAGUUUGUGCAACACAUCCAAGAACAGGCAGUCGAUGUGUUCUCAGUCAAACAGCUUCCAUCGAGAAAUCAGAGGCAAUAGGACAGAGCUCAGUGAAAGGACAAGAGUCACCAGAGAAAGAGUCUGUCAAACACUGUCCAGAACACAGGAGUCCAGAGAGAUGGAUCAGUCCUCUCUCUGUCCCACUGACUGUCAACUGGAAUUCCAGCUUUAAUGGAAGACCUGCAGCUCUGAAGAGAGGCAGGAUUAAUCCUGGAGUCUGUGCAAUUUACCCCCAUCAGUAUCUGUCCAAUAAGAGCUCAGUACAGAUUGACCAUUCACCAUCUGCGCUGUUUAGUUACUGUUCUGGGAGGAUGUGUGUGUGAUCUAUAACCUGUCAUUUCUGAUUUUGAACAAAAAUCAAUAAAAUUGCUGAUUGUG